AUGGCGAUAGACGAGUACCAACGUCGAUAUUCGAUUGCCCCUCCUCCACAUUUCGACAGAUGGUACGAGUUUGCUACACAACGUGGUAUGGAACCACAACUCAUUCGGCGACGAGCACGCGAGAUUCUGGGUCAUGACAAUUCAUUGAUGGGUGCAUCGACACGAAAAGGCCAGGUCCGUAUCAUUGGAGAUGGACAGGACGAAUUCCAGGCCGUAGCGACUCGAGAAAUGCUAUCAAAGUUCUCCGAAUGGCUACCUGACAUGGAUCUUGCCUUCAAUGUGAACGAUGAGCCUCGAGUGCUUGUUCCGCACAAAGACGUAGGACGACUUCUUUCAGCGGCUGCUCUAUCCAAGAACUCUGUACGGGCAACAAAAAAUGCAUUCAGUGAGCCACACGACCUUGAAGACGAGACAAGCUUCGAGUCAGCGUCAGACAGUCCUUUCAAUCGACUUGACCACCAACAGACUUUUACUCAUGCGCGAAUGUCUUGUCCGCCAAGUAGCCCGGCAAGAAGCCUUGGUCUGAACCCCGAAGAAGCGGAGCUCGGGUUGAAGGUUGGAGGCUUGACCUUUGUCGAAAAUAUCGCAACGUUCUCGGAUAUAUGCCUAUCUCCAUCUGUACGUAAGGUCAUCGGGCUCUUCAACAAGCCCAACGUUUUUUCUGUCUCGCACGACCUAUUGCCUGUCUUCUCGCCGUCUAAGUUGUCUACCUUCCACGAUACCCUCUAUCCCUCACCAUACUACUAUGCCGGAAAGACCAAAUAUGACAUGUCGGACUCGGUUCAAUGGAACAAAAAAGCCCCAAAGCUGUACUGGCGAGGCGCGACUAGUAGUGGGUACAGCGAAGGCGGUACAUGGCGCUCCUUGCUCCGACAGUCUAUACUAGCCAAAUUACGACCUGACGGAGAGACCCGUAUUCUCGUCCAUGAGAAUACCGACUUUGAUGGCAGCGUGCCACGAUGGAAGGCUCAAUUGACCAGUCGAGAAACGGUUGCACGUCGCUACGACACCAAAAUUCACGGAAAUAAAGCAGUGUGCACCUGA